UCUUGCGCUUUGGCUAUAACCACAAAGCAUCAAGCCCAUCUAUCAAAGUAACCAAGCAGAGGACUAGAGGUUCAAGGCUUUGGGACGGUAGCAAGUAGAACAUCAGGACUAAUCAUGAAGAGCAGCACGCUGUUGGUAAUCCUGGCUAUCCAGGCCGUUCUUGUCAUGGGAAUCUUUGCUGCUGUGGCAAAAGAAAACGCCGUCGGUGAGAGCAAGGCGAUCGACAUCAACCCGGGGCAGCUCAAGUGCUGCAGCAGCUGCAACUUCUCCUUCUCGGGGCUCUACACCUGCGACGACGUCGUCAAGAAAUGCGACCCCGUCUGCAAGAGCUGCGCCGUCGUCAAGACGUACCCUGCGAAGAUGUUCAAGUGCGCCGACACCUUCCUCGGCAUGUGCGGCCCGCCCUGCAAGCACUGAUCAGUCAUCGACUCGCCUGAAUAUAUAAUGCGCCAUUGCUGCCUUCCAUAUACAAAUAUACGAACUGUGUGAUCUCUGGUAUAUAUAGAUAGUGCGCAUGCUAUCUGUAUACACGAACAAUAAGCCGUUGUUUGCGUCGACGACUCAAUAGAAAUAAUUAA